UGCAGCCCCGCGACCCCGGCGGCGGUGCGGGAGGACAGGGUCCGGAUAGCCGCGCUACCGCUGCUUCUGCCGCAAGCCGGAGGCCCGGCGCCCCCGGGAGCCCUGCGCUGUGCCCUAGGGGACCGUGGCCGCGUGCGGGGCCGGAAUGCGCCCUAUUUUGUGGCCGAGCUCGUUGAAGGCCCCAGCGCGCUGUCCUCAUUGCCCCCUCAGCCCAGCCUUGAUGGGCCUUCGGGAACCGACAAGCUGGACGCCCCACAGCCGCUGUCGGGCCCGUGCCGGCGAGGAUGGCUGCGGGGCGCCGCCGCCUCCCGCCGCCUGCAGCAGCGACGUGGGCUCCAGCCCCAAGCCCGCACCGGCGACGACGACCCGCACCGGCUUCUGCAGCAGCUGGUGCUCUCGGGGAACCUCAUCAAGGAGGCUGUGCGGAGGCUUCAUUCGCGACGGCUGCAGUUACACGCAAAGCUUCCCCAACGCCCGCGCCGGGGCCCUCUGUCGGCCCCAGUGCAUGAGCCCCCUUUGCCCCACAGCCCUCGCGCGGCUUGCAGCGACCCUGGCGCGUCCGGGAGGAGGGCACAGCUCAGAAUUGGCGACAGCGUUCUAGUCCCCAGCAGCUAACACCCCGGGAGUGGCCACAGCGCCAGCCUCUGCCUGUAGGGCAAGGGGUUCUCCUGAGGGCUGCGUCCCCACUCAAACUAGUGAACUUGCGCUUUUGGAAGCGGAAAAAUAACUAAUGAAGACGAGGAAUUGAAAAAUCGCGAAUGUUUUCGCGGGGAACUGAGGUCCAGGGCCCCAAUGUGUUUGAAAAACGGGACUUGGUCCUAUUUAAGGCAGAUUACAGAGCACAUCUCAAGCUCAUAGUAGGACUCCUUAUUUGGCGUGACCAGAUCUGGUGGCGCAGUAUGCAGUUCCACGUAGCCUCUUGGGCCUCCAAUCCGGCGACCAUGUGGCCACAGCCCACGCUUCUCAGGAUCGCCGAGCGUGCGAAGGACGGGGAUAAUUCCAGUUGCUUUACCUUUCCAGGGCUGGUUCCUGAUCCACUCUGUGGGGAGAGGAACAUGAGUAGAUCUUUUCAGGGAGUACCUCAAACUGCCAGACUUGAACGUUUAAGACCCUAAAAAAAAAACUAUCUCGUGUAUUUUGAGGUGCUGGUUCAUGAUAUAAAACAUGCGGUACCAUGAAGGGACCUUUUCUCUGCCCCCGCUUUGCAACUGGCUGCAAGUGUUGGGGGAAGGCGGUGCACCCGGGAUGCUGAAGGGAGAUGGGGGAGGGCGGUGCUGGAGAAAGGGGAAGGCGAGGCGCGGAGUGAACCCUCGGUCCCCUGGAAAGUGUAUUUUCACAGCCUGUCCACCCCUCCUCGGGUUCAAGGUCACUGUUUCCUGGGCACGAGAUUGCGGGGCCCCAGCAGGGCAGAAGAGUCGCCCGGUUCCGCCCGUAUUCGGAGUAGAGCUUGGUGUUUUGCAAGUGCUGGAGUCUCCUGAGGACACGGGCACCGCUGCCACCGCGGGUGUAGGGAGGCGGGGACAUGCUGGGCGCCGGCCGCGCCCAGGGCUUUCACGGAAACUGCCCCUAGACAUGGCCUUGGGUUCCUUAUUUUCCCCUCGGCUCUGCAGUCCUACUCGAGCUGGUGGCGCUGACCUUCCUGGGGGCCCAGGCUGGGGGCCGGGGAGACGCCACGUGACGGGCACUCCAGGGACACACAGCCUUGCACAGCGGCUUAUAAUGGGCUCUCCGGGGCCAUUUGCAAUAACAGCUGCAAUUCCCUGGAUAGAUGGAGUUGAUUUCCUCCCUCUGCCCCUCCCCCAGCCAUGCCAGCUCGCCUUUGUAAGUGAAGGAAACAGAGUAGAAAAUGUGACCGACACUCCAAAUGGAGAAGCUGCAGGCUUUGCCAUUGUGAACCUAAAGUACUUACAACCUAAUGUUCACUCACUCUGAAGGAUUUAAGACUGUAUUGUUGGCGUUUUAGUUUUAUAAGAUUCAAUGGCUAGUUCAUCACCCAGAUGUGGCUAUUGACAUAUCUACACUUCGCACCGGAGUGUCUGAAAUUGUGGCUAUCCUGGUUAUAGGAUGUUAACUUAACGGAAAUAUCUCUUUUUAAUAAAUGUGUUGGGUUUUU